CCAAAAGAAAAGGGUCUUAUAUUGAGAGAAUGGCUGUUACACAUGCAGACCUUGAACCAAAAAGUAAAACAGAUUUGAGUAGUAAAACAGUAGUUUUUCUUGUUAUCACAAUUAUAUUAGGCUUAUUCACUUUCAUCCUAUGUCUCAAAGCUGAAGUUACACGUUCUCAGGUGACAUGGAUUAUGAAUAAAGAUGGAAAAGAUAAGGGAGAUAAAUAUGAAUGUGCUUACAAUGGUAACGGUAAAGUACCUUUGCUAUGUUCUGCUUGUGCCUUUGUUGGACUAGCAAUUGCCUUGGUUAUGGAGCAUAUUUACAUGUUGAUAGCAGUGAGUAAAUCACCACCUUCUUUACUUGAUUGGGAUAAUGAUUCUUCUUCUGUCAAGUCCUUAAUAUCCUUGGCUGGUUUUUUCUACAUUACAACUUGGAUUUGUUUCGCAGUUGCGGAGAUUUUGUUAUUGGCAGGACUUAGUGUAGAAUCAGGCCAUUUAAAAAAUUGGACUAAGCCAAGAACAAAUUGCUACGCCAUCAGAGAAGGUUUGUUCUCAGCAGCUGGAGUGUUUGCUUUAACAACAGUUUUCAUAGCUGCUGGAUUAUACCUAACAAUACUUCGUGCACAAAGAAUGUCAGAGGUGGUAGCAACUGUUGGAAGAGAGGUUCUAGAAGCUUCUAAUUUCUUUGCUUUUCCACCAAGAUCACCUCAAAGGCAUAUCACAACUGUUGCAAGGGAGAACCCUAAAACAAUAGAGUCAAUAAAUUUGUAGAGAGUAUAGUUUGAUCCUUUGGUUUGGUCAAAUGGAUCGAAUUUUUAAGGUAUAGUAAAGUGGCUAAAUUAUAGAAUCAAAAUUCUUUUGAUUGUGGAUAAACAUAUGAUAUGGAUGUGGUCCAAAUUAUGGACACUAGUUAGAAAUAUGACCUUUUGGUUUGUAUUCUAACGAAUUCAAUAUAAGAGUUUUUAAGGUGCUA